UCAUCUGUGUUCAUGGCCAUAUUAGUAUUCUGUGAUGAAGAAGAAAUCUUCAGCAUUAAGAUAUAUAAAACCUGAGGCUCUGUUCCUGAAUUGCUGCAUUAUUUUCAGAGUUUCAGAUUCAUUUCAUCUGAAUUCAAAAUGAACAACCUCUUGGAUCACUUUGCCAUAAUUGAGAUACUAUAAUCAGAAGAUUUUGCUCAGUCAUAUUUGUGAACAAACCAAGUGAGGCUGCUGAAGUGUUUGGAAAUUGUUUCCCUAUUGAUACCAAUCAUAACAAUGAGAAGUCAUUUAAGAUAUCACAGUAAACAUUAAUGCAAGUUCUAAUGAAAUUAACCAAGGUUUAAAGGAUACAUGAUAUAACAAUAUGGCUUAAUAAGCAUGGUGAAUAAGUAAGGUCUUUAUUGGUUUUUAUGUGAUACAUAGGACUUGUCAGGUUCUUCUGAAUAACUUACAGUCUUCAAAGAUGGAUACAAUGAAGUUAAAGCAUGAUAUUAAUCCUCUUCUUCUUCAUAUUAUAAACUUCGCAGUUUUGGUAUACACAUUUUUAACUUUUCUUCCAUGGUAUUUAUUUUCUGGAUCAAAAUAUAUCAUAACCAAAUCAAAUCAAAUUAAAGCAAAACCAGUGAAGAGCACACCUGGAAGUGCAUAUAGAUCUGUUAAUAGUUUGCAUUGCUUAGCAUCUGUAUUUUAUCCUGAAUGCGACACCCUUGAUAAAGCUUUCAGACACGCUCGAAGUAAAUUUAAGGACAAGAAUCUCCUGGGGACAAGGGAAAUAUUACAAGAAGAAGAUGAAAUCCAGCCAUCUGGAAAAGUGUUUAAAAAGGUUGUACUUGGAGAAUAUAACUGGUUAUCAUAUGAUGAUGUUUUUAAAAAAGCUAAAGCAUUUGGUGAUGGGUUAAUAAUGCUGGGCCAACAACCAAAGACCAACAUUGCCAUCUUCUGUGAAACCAGAGCAGAAUGGAUGAUUGUAGCACAAGCUUGCUUCAUGAACAAUUUCCAACUUGUCACACUUUAUGCUACUCUGGGAGGUCCUGCAAUAGUGCAUGGAUUAAAUGAAACUGAAGUGACAACCCUUAUUACAAGCAAGGAAUUGAUGGAAACAAAAUUGAAGUAUAUUGUUUCUCAGAUUCCUCUACUACGUCACAUUAUUACUGUGGAUGGCAAGCCAACAUCCUGGUCUGAUUUUCCAAAAGGUGUUAUUGUUCAAACUAUGUCAUCUGUUCAAGCUAUUGGAGAAAAAACAGAAAAUAAAUUAUUCAAACAGAAGUUGAAACCAGUAUCAUCAGACAUUGCAGUUAUUAUGUAUACAAGUGGUUCUACAGGAGUCCCAAAAGGUGUCAUGAUCUCUCAUUGUAAUCUUAUUUCUAGUAUAACUGGGAUGGCUGAAAGGAUUCCAAAUUUGGGAGAGAAAGAUACCUACAUUGGCUACUUGCCACUUGCUCAUGUUUUAGAGUUAAGUGCUGAACUUGUUUGUUUGACCCAUGGUUGCCGAAUUGGUUAUUCAUCACCUCAAACUCUAAGUGAUCAGUCAUCUAAAAUAAAGAAAGGGAGUAAAGGUGAUGUGUCUACAUUGAAGCCAACUUUAAUGGCAGCUGUUCCAGAAAUCAUGGAUCGAAUCUACAAAAAUGUCAUGAAUCGAGUUAAUGAAAUGUCCAGUUUUCAGCGCAAUUUGUUUACUUUAGCUUAUAAUUACAAGAUGGAACAGAUUUCAAAAGGCUACAGUACUCCAGUAUGUGACAGCCUUGUUUUCCGGAAAGUCCGGAUGCUGCUAGGUGGGAAGAUACGGGUUUUACUCUGUGGAGGAGCUCCACUUUCUGCAGCAACUCAGAGAUUUAUGAACAUCUGUUUUUGUUGUCCUGUUGGACAGGGCUAUGGCCUGACAGAAUCCUCUGGGGCUGGAACAAUAACAGAAGUUUGGGACUACACAACAGGCAGAGUGGGAGCACCCUUAAUUUGUUGUGAAAUCAAGCUGAUGAAUUGGGAAGAAGGUGGAUACUUUAAUACAGAUAAGCCAUACCCUAGAGGUGAGAUUGUUAUUGGUGGUCCAAACAUAACUAUGGGAUACUACAAAAAUGAAGAACGAACCAAGUCUGAAUUUAUGGUUGAUGAGAAUGGAGAGAGAUGGCUCUACACUGGAGAUAUUGGGGAAUUCCAAUCAGAUGGGUGUCUAAAAAUUAUUGAUCGUAAAAAGGAUCUUGUAAAACUUCAAGCAGGUGAAUAUGUUUCUCUUGGAAAGGUUGAAGCAGUUUUGAAGAAUCUUCCCCUGGUAGAUAAUAUUUGUGUAUAUGCAAGCAGUUUCCAUUCUUUUAUCAUUGGAUUUAUUGUGCCAAAUCAUAAAGAACUUAAAGAGUUAGCAAGAAAGAAAGGAUUCAGAGGCACUUUGGAAGAGAUCUGUAAUAAUUCUGAAGUGGAGAAAGAAGUACAGAAGCUUUUAACUGAGGCUGCUAGAACAGCUAAUCUGGAGAAAUUUGAAAUACCCCUUAAAAUUCGGUUGUCCCCUGAACCUUGGACCCCUGAAACGGGUUUGGUGACAGAUGCCUUCAAACUAAAGCGCAAAGAGCUUACUGCACAUUAUCAAGAAGAUAUUAAUCGAAUGUAUGGAACAAAAGUAAAAUAACUCAUCCCUCGCUUUUUCUCUCUCUGUCUUUUUUUUAUAUAUCACUUUGCUAUGGUGAGCUCAGAUCAAAUAGGAAAUACUUGAACUCUAAGUCCUACCACUUGGGACCAACCUUAAAACAUCUCUCCUUCCUUUCAGCAAUAUGCUGUUACUUCUGAUAUCACCAUCUUUAAACUGGCAGGAUUAGUAAAAUUCUAAGACAGCAUUUUUUUGUCUGUCUUCAUUUGUUCCAGUCUCUUGAGCUAUCUUGUUAAUGUGCAGAUUUUCCUAUAAAUCCAUUUGGACUACCAUGAUUUUGAAGCCUCAAAUUUUUAAACCGGAUUUAUAAUCCUGUAUAAUGUUCUGUUUAUUUGUAACUUUUUUGAAGUUUGGCUAAAUAGAGGAAGAACUUGGCUAUAAAACAAAUUAUUAUUCUAAGCCUUUUUUACAUACAUAUUUAAAUAUUCAAGAGCUAUCAAUGUGAAAUUAUGUACAUUGAAAUCAUUUAUAGUUGAAAAUCAUUGUUAGCCAGAAGAUGGAGGUUAUUUGUUGCUGUGCAAUUAUUUUGGAUCAAAUUAUAAGAGAAAUCGUCUAUGAUUCUGACUAAUAGAGAACAACUGAAAUAUAUGCCUGACAAUUUCCUCCUACGUAUAUAUUUUAUUUUUAAUCUCAGAUAAGGAAAAUGGUCAUGGCAAAUGCUGUAUGUGUGAGAACACCUGCAAAAGAAAGUAUAUCAAUAUUUUAAUCGUGCAGAGUAUGCUGUCACAUAGAAAAUGUUACAUCUGUGAAUCACCUCCCUAACAUAGGUAAUUCACUUUUCAAAAUGCAUUUAGACCAUUUAACAAAAAAAUUGAAUUAUUGAACUAGUGAGAACUCAGUUUUAAUUGAAUUACAUUUUGAUUGUAAUGUGUUUUACUUAAUAUAUCGUUUAUUGUAUUGUUUUACAGUUCAGACCUAUUCCUUUUACUUGUGUGUGUAAAUCAACAGUUCAAUUAAAAACAUUUAAAGUCCAUUAUGGCCAUUUCCUGCAUGAGUCAGCUAAAAUGGAUCAGCAUUCUUGCAUACCUUUCAAUGGGGAAGAGGGUAUGAUGGGAUGGGAAAGUUCCCUGUAUCAGUUUAUAAUGGAUUGUGUGCUUGGAGUCUAUUUCCAUUGAACCAUUGUUUGUUUUUAUAUUCCCUUUGUUUUAACUACCAUGAAUGAUGAUAGAAGGGACAUUUUUAAUUACCUGGUUAUAGGAAUCUUGGUUGUAUUAUUUGGAAAGAAUGUAAAAAAUUCUUACUAGUUACCUAUUCUUGUGGACAUAAUCCAUGUCAAUUUUCUUUGGAUUUCUAAAUAUUGUUUUAUGCACUAAACCUGUCACUUGACAAUAAGUUCCAUUUUUACGGUCCCUUUGAAAUAGUACUGUAAAAUAUUUGGCUCUUGACCAUCUGCUGUUGUUCAUAUAGAUGUUUUUGCAAAAACAGAGCAGACCUGACCCCAAACUGGGAAAAGCCCAGGUGGACAAUGGAAAUGUGUUUUUCUUGUGAUUCAAGAGAUGAUGAUUAUUCUCUUCUGCAUGAGUAUCUAUAUUUCAUGAUGAUUUAAAGUUCCACAUAUAUAAAGUCUAAGUAUGAGUUUUCUUUAUCCAAUUAUACAGGCAACUUGAAAACAUGAAACAUAUGUUAGCAAAUGUUAUUUGCAAAUAGCAAAAUGCUUUUAUUUCCUUUCUCUGAUGCAACAAACUAGCACAUGAUUUUUAAUCUGUAUCUGAAUAAUGCGGCAAUGAUUACAAAAUUGUUUUGAAUACUGUUCAGCCAACAUUAAGCACUUUUGAAGCCAUUGGUUUCAGUUGACAAUUUAGAAGUGUCAAACUCACGGCAUCACAACAUCACCUGACAUAUUGGGACUCCCCCCCUUCACUAAACUGGGUGUGGCCAUGGCCAGUGUGUAAUGCAUCCGGUCUGUAGGCUGGUAGCUUGACAGCUCCAAUUUAGUGCUUGUUACUUCUUCUUUUUCUGUCUGAAGUGGUGGAUUUCCAACUGUUUAAUUUUGCAUAGACUGUGCUAUUAUAUGCUUCCCACUAUGCCUUUUAUUUGAGAAACAAUACAAUUUGGUUAUAUUUUAAUUAGAAAGA